UCUCUAUCUCUCUCUCUCUCUCUCUCUCUCUCUCUCAUGCUAAUACAUGGCUGAUCAGAACAUUACCAGCACAGCAAUAAUGGAGUCAAAGCCUUCACACCCACUUCACCAAAUCGCAGAAACACCCACCCACAAGCUUCUUCUGAAGCAAUGGCUCAAGGAAGAAGAACUAAUCCUCGGACGAAUCGCUCUCAAAGAGACCCAAAUCGACAGUGCCCGCAAAGAGAUCACCCAACUCUACUGUUUCUUCUUCCUCUUCCACUCCACAUCUCUCAUCCUCCUCUUCUCUGCCUCUUCUUCACAAGGUGAGUCCUCCUUCUCCUGCCACAGAUCUUGGAUCCCAUCCCUCUGUUCCCUCCUCUGCUCUCUCGGGAUCAUCUGGGCCGUCCGAUACAAGACCGACGUCGAGGGCCACUUGGAGAGGCUUUUGGAGAGAGAGAAAGAGGAUAUGAAGCUCUUGGCCAGAUGUGUUGAGGAGUUGAAGAGAAAAGGUGUCGAAUUCGAUUUGUUGAAGGAGGUGGACGCGCUCAGGAGGGCUAAGAGCUUGAGGGUUGAAGCCAAACCGGUCCGAAAAUGGUCAGCUAGGGACUUUGUCACUCUCUUCUUCUUCACUGUGUCUUGCCUGGUACUUGCACUCACAAGGAUUAUUCUCUGUAAUUAGGGUUUCAAUACAAGCAUCAAUUUCAGAAAUAUAUUGGGUUUUUGGUUUUUGGAAAUGGGUAAUUGUUAGAUUGGAUUAAAUGGGAAUAUGUUGUUACAUUUUGUUGAUUGAAAUUGGCUUUUUUUUACCUUUCAUUUAACUCUUCAUUUGAAGUUUGAUCAGUAUCACUUUUGGGGGUGGCAGAAGUUACUGGUUUCUGUCAUUACUCUUAGCAGCAGAAAAUUGGGAUGUGUGGAGGUCUGGAAAUAGCAGAAUGCACUGUUCUGCUUUUGUAAUUUGGGGAGCCCUUACGGAGAAUAUAAUGAAAUAAAUUUGCAUUUUUUUGUUA